UUUAUUCUGAUGAAGAAAUAAAUACUUGAUUUAAAAUGAAUAUGAAAGAGUUAAACAACGUGAAGAAUGUACAUUCUUACGGGUUAAUAUCGGAAGAACUACGCAGCAGGUUUAGAAAAUUUUCAAAAAUUCAAUUAAAUAUGUCGACGAUUUUGUCUUUGAAAAAACUACGAACCCUUGAAGUCGAGUACUUCAAUAAUUAUAAUGAAAAUGGCGCUGCUGUUAAAAUAGUUGAGGAAUUGAUGCUGUUACCUGCAUCGAAAACAUGGGCCGUGUUAGCUAAUGAAAUCAUAAAUAUUAUAAAAUUUUGGAUAAUGAAACUGAAAACACAUAUUAUUGUACGGAAUAACAAUUGGUGGAGUUUCCUGGAAAUGUUACUUGGGUUUAUUAAGGCUAUCAGAAGCAAGCAUACUUCCUUAAAGAACAUAGUUGUAGAGGAAUUAGCUGAAUGCCUCCUUGAUUUGGCAACUCAUUCAACACCUAACAUUAUUCAGAAACACAAAAUAAUUUUGUGUUUAAAUAUAUGUUGCAUGACCUGCAGCAGAGAAAUUAGAGGUAAACUGAGGACUCGCUUUGACCAGUACUUUACAAAGCUUGCUGCGAUAAUGGCAAGUUGUGGGGACUUUCGGGCUCAGUACAGCAUGCUGGAGACGUUGAUGAGAUGGCUGAUACCUCGUGAGGAGGUGGCUGUGAGGAAGGAGGCAGCAGUGAAAUGGUUUCCGUCCACAUUGUACAAUAAAAAUGCAGUGGAUAUAUUCUUAGAGCGGCACUGGGUGAAUUUUAUUAAAGACGCCAGGGAUUUCCUCAAUGCACAAAAUGAGCAGAGUGAUAUGAUUACCUCCGCGCACUGCAAAAAGUUAACGAUUGGUGACUUAGUAGUUGUAUCAGGAAAAGAUAAUACACGUUGGAUAGAUGUGAAUACUGGUGGCAAAUGUAUAUCAAUGAUGCUGGAUAUAAAACUACUGGAUGUGCUUCAAGCUUCCACCAAUCUUUGCGACACGUUAGUGAUACCUGAAGACAAUGUCAACUCGGUUCAACUGUUAAUGGAGUCAUCUUAUGUAAAAAUUGAGCUGAUCAUAAUUGACCCUAAUAAUUUGGAGUUGCGGCUUAAAAGCGGACAAGUAGGAAUAUAUGUAGAUGUUCAGAAUUUGGGCAAGUUAGAUAGUGUAUUGAAGAAGAUAUUUCAGGAUAAAUAUAAGGUUUUGCUGGACAUUGAGAAGGAGCAACAAUCUAUUGAAGAUAGAAGAAAGAGCUCUAUUGUGAAUAUCACGGUGCAGUCUACAGUUGCCUUAACGCUGAAUCAUUCCCUUCUUUGUCUUCCACGUCUACGACUUCGUUAGCUCUGCUUAAGGAAAGAAUAUCAGCUUUUGCGGGUAAUAAUUUUGGGGUCCCUCCAGGGAGCGUCUGUGUUGCUCCAGCACUUUCGGUCGUUACUGAAGUGAGUGAAACUGAAGAAUUCACCAAUCAAUCAAACAGUACG